AUGAGCCUCAGCAGCAUAGGGAGCCCAACACAGCAGCCUCAGAUUGCAGAGGUUCGCCCGGCGCACGUUGGGCCGAGGAGGACAGGGGUCACGAAGGAGCGGCGCGUCAUCCUGGCAGACCACGGGGAUAAGGCAGGAAUCCACAGGGUCCAGGAAACGUCGGAAGCUUUUCUGCUGGGCUAUUCCCAAUUUCAACUAAUUAACAGGGGCACUGGUUUUUGUUUGGUAAAAUUAAAUAACUUCUGUUUUUCCAUGCGCUGGACAUCUGGGGAUCGACUUUUGGUUCAGUAUAAGAACAAGUGCCUGGGUGUUCAGGGGAAAACUGUGGGCAGUGAAGUAAACCUCUAUGACUGUGAUGAAACCAGUGAGCUCCAAAAGUGGGAAUGCAAGAAUGAAACUGUGAUCGCUCUCAAAGGCCAAGAACUUUACAUUGACCUCACUGCUGAUAACUCGGCCGUGCUCUCAAAUAAAGUCGGACCCAGUAGUCAUCUUACAAUUUCUGGGACUUCCAGCGGUGCUUGCACAAGAACAUAUACAGAACUUUACACCAUUGAAGGAAAUGCAGCUGGAAGGCCGUGCAUGUUUCCUUUCUACUACAAAAGCAAUUGGUACUCGGAGUGCACUGCAUUUGACGAUGCAGGGAAUCGUAAAUGGUGUGCGGUUGAAACCAAAUAUGAUCAUGAACUCUGGGGUUAUUGCCCAACUAACUCCAAAGAAACCUGGAACAAAGACCCCACAACAGGAGCAUCUUAUCAGCUCAACACACAGUCAGCGCUGACCUGGGAUCAGGCUGACGCCAGCUGCAAACAGCAGAGUGCCUCCCUGCUCAGUAUCAGCAAUCCUCACGAGCAGGCGUUUAUUUCAGCACUAUUAGGGGCAAAUAGGGGACAGGAGUACAAGCUCUGGGUUGGACUGAUCUUCCAGGAUUUAGAUUAUGUGUGGAAGUGGUCUAAUGGGAAUCCUUAUGCAUAUCUGAAUUGGGACUCAGGACAUCCAGUUUCUAAUCCAGGACAUAAGUGUGGAAUUAUUGAUGGCGCUGUUCAGUACUCUUGGCAAAGUUCAAAAUGCAACAAGAAACUGGGAUACAUCUGCUACAGUGAAGGACCUUUGGCUGCACCUACUGAAGCUGCCGAGAGCGGAUUCUGUACAGCACCCUGGAUCCCCUACAAUGGCCACUGCUUUUACCUUUAUCGUAAUGAAACAAAAAAAUGGUCUGAUGCUCAGAAAGCUUGCCGUAAAGAAGGAGGAGACCUAGUAAGCAUUCGUAAUGUGGAGGACCAAAGCUUCAUCAUCUCUCAACUUGGAUAUGCAUCCACUGAUGAACUCUGGAUUGGACUAAAUGACAGGAAGAGAGAGAGGCUGUUUGUCUGGAGUGAUCAUUCUCCUGUGAGUUACACUAGCUGGGACUCUAGGGAACCAACUGUCACCUCUGAACAAGAAGACUGUGUUCUGAUCAGAGGGAAGAAUGGAAACUGGGCUGACCGUGUGUGUGAAGAGAAACAUGGCUUUAUCUGCAUGAAGACAAGUGACUCUGAACCCUCUGGAGAUGAAGUGGAGCUGAACGCAGGCUGCAAAACUGGUUGGAAAAGACAUGGAUCCUACUGCUACUUUGCAGGGACUGCGACAAAGACGUUUCAUGAAGCCAAUGAUGACUGCAAGAGCUCAAAAUCUUACUUAGCUGAUAUUUCAACUGGCGUGGAUAAUGCUUUCCUUAUAAACUUGGUGGGACUGAGGCCAGAGAAACACUUCUGGAUAGGUCUCUCAAACCUGAAAAACAUAGAAUAUUUUAUGUGGACCAACAAUGCCUAUGCAAGAUAUACUCACUGGAACACUCAUAUGCCAGGUCACGUGCAGGGUUGUGUUGCUAUGGCAACUGGGCAUUUUGCUGGUCUUUGGGAUGUGUUACCUUGUGACAACAAGGAAAAAUACAUCUGCAAACACCUGGCAGAGGGGGCAGCUUUAACCCCUGCUCCACCAACCACUGCCACACCUAACUGCACAGAUGGAUGGAUUAAGAUGCCAUCAAGACACGUCUGUUAUAAGAUCUUUCCGGAGGCUUCAGAAAAGAGAAAGACCUGGUACGAGUCUAGAGAUUACUGCAGAGCCAUUGGAGGAGACCUUGUCAGCAUUCACAGCAGUGCUGAUUUACUACAGACACACAGUUACAGCUACCAUCAUUGGUUCACUCAAUACUGGAUUGGACUUAGUGCUCCUGACCCAGACACAGGUUAUGUAUGGAGUGAUGGAUCCCCGGUAAACUUCCAAGAGUGGAAAGAUGGAGAACCAAACAAUAAAAAUGACGCUGAAUUGUGUGUUGAAAUGGAACGCGGGCAUUGGGAUAGAACUUCAUUUUGGAGUGAUGUGCAAUGUGAGAAGUACAAUGGCUGGACUUGUCAGAUCCAUGCAGGAGUCACCCCAAAGCCAGCUCCAGACCCUGUCACCCCUGAGUAUAACACGACCUCUGAUGGGUGGCUAGAAUGGAAUGGGGCUCAGUAUUACAUUAAUGAAAACGAGAUAGCCAUGGAGGACGCUCGUACCUUUUGCAGACAGAGGCAUGGUGACCUGGUAUCUAUCAACAGUGAAGCAGAAAGGAUAUUUUUAUGGAAACAGAUUUCAAGAGGUUAUCGGAAUUCUUGGAUUGGCCUAUCUGUAGAUCUUGAUGGAACAUUUCAGUGGAUGGAUGGUUCUCAAGUGUUGUUUCAAAGGUGGGAUGAAAAUCAACCUGAAUUCAAGAACUUUGAUGAAAACUGUGCUGUCAUGACAUAUCAUAACGGAUUCUGGCAUGACUCCAACUGUGGGCUAGAGUAUAUGUCCUUCUGUAAGCGCAGCAGCUCACCACCCACAAACACCACUGCUGCAGUGCCUACAGUGUCCCCAAAAGGUGGAUGUCCACCCCCCUGGAAAAAAUUUAACUCUAAGUGUUAUAGCAUUAUUGACAAUCAGAAUUUAACAUGGCAAGAUGCAAGGGAAAAAUGCAAACAAAAAGGUGGACAAUUGGCAUCUAUUACUUCAAGACAGGUGGAAGUGUUUCUACUGUCUCAAAUGGCUGAUGCACCUACUACAGACUUGUGGAUUGGUUUAUUUCAGUCAGAGUGGAAAACUUACUGGACUGAUGGACAACCAAAGUCAUAUAUCAAUUUGGAUGAUAAUUACAUGUAUUGGUACGAUCAACCGAGAAACUGUUUUGUGAUCAAUACCAAGCCUUUGGUUGGUAUUGGGAAAUGGACUCAAAAGUCAUGCAAUGACACCAAUGGAUUUAUCUGUCAUCGAAAUCUUGACACAUCUCGCCCAGAUUCUCCAGAACCAACAAUUUCUACUAACUACAUGAAAAUACUUAAUGACUCCAUUAAGGUUGUUCCUCAACAAAUGAAUUGGGAUAAAGCUGCAGAGUACUGUAAAAAUGAUGAUGCCCUCCUAGCUAGCCUGAGGAAUGAGUGGACACAAGCUUAUGUUGAGCUCAUGGCACUGAAUCUCAAGGCUCCUCUUUGGUUUGGAUUACACAAAGUACAGAUCAAUGGUUCUUUCAGAUAUGUUGAUGGAUGGCAUUUAAUAUUUAGUCGAUGGGGUACAAAUGAACCAAGAAAGGACAGAAGUUGUGUAUACAUGGAUGUGGAUGGAAAAUGGAAAACCGCUCACUGUAAUGAGACACUAAUGAGUGUUUGCAUGAAGUCUACAGAUAUGCUGCCAACAGAGUCGACUGUUUUUCCAGGAGAUUGCCCUCAAGACCCAGAGGCAACAAUAGAAAGCAACAACUAUAUCUGGUUACCAUUCAGGGGUUAUUGUUAUAUUUUUAUUACAGAGCAAAAACACUGGCAAGAAGCAUCUACCACCUGUGUAGCACAUGGUGGAAUGCUUCCCAGCAUUGAAGAUUCAUCUGAGCAAAAAUUUCUAGAAAUUAACCUGAGAACUUUUCAAGAUAGCUACACAGCUUUUUGGAUUGGCCUGUUUAAAAAACAAUACAAAGCGGAAUGGCUCUGGUUGGACAGAACAGCCAUGGGUUACACUAACUGGGCUGAAGGUCAACCUUUUAGUAUGAGCUUUGGAUUGCGCACAGGAGAGAUUAGUACAUCAGAUGGGACAUGGAAGGAUAUGGAAAUGUGGGUUCGAAGACCUUACAUCUGCAAGACACGAAAAGUAUUACUACCAACGCCAUCACCACCAGCCCAUACUGGAUUACCUCAUCAUCAGCGUGUCUAUAUAACCACAGCAGUUGUGUUAGUCUUUACUGGAAUUGUAGUGGUGGCAGUCACUGCCGUCUUCAUCUUUAAGAAAUUUGGUCAUCAGUUACCCGCCCCUAACACCUUCGAUAACCCGCUCUUCUUCAGCAGUAAGGUGUCACAGCCUGAGCAAGCUGACACCAGUAUACUAGUAGAGAAUGCAGCAGAAGAGAGCACUGGAGAUUUAAUCAGUAUGUAAUUUAAAUAUUUGGGCUCAUUUGCAUGGCCCAUAUGAUUUCCUAGUAUGUUAUGAAAAUUUGAGCUGAGGUGGCAGGAAGUAGCAAGUAAUGGCUUAUUGGAAAAUAAAAGGUGCGAAUCAUCUCAUAUUAUCAUAUUCUGUGAAUGUAGGUUACAUAAAUGCUGGCUUUUGUCAUUUCAGUUAUGGUUAGGACAAAAGGUAGGGUAAGUAGAGUUUAAUGCAUGUCCUAGUCAACAAUCAUAUAUGCACGCAGCAACCUGAAAUAUCAAGACAAAUCAGGAAGGAUCCAUGGUUUCAUGUUGCUAAGAUCAGAUUCUAACCAUACCAUCCAAAUUUCACAACAAGAGCUCAGACUCACCAGACCAGGCAACAUUUUUCUUCUGUUGUGCAAGCUGACAGACUGCUGUAGUCCAUCUGCUUCAAGGCUUUACAUGUUAUGUAUUCAGAAAUUAUUUGAGUUACUCUUGCCUUCCUGUCAGCUUGUAGUAGUAUCAUCAUUCUCCACUGACCUCUUACAUCAAUGAGGCAUUAUCACCCACAGAACUGCAGCUCACUGGAUAUUUUCUCUUUUUCAGACCAUUUUCUUUAAAUCCUAGAGAUGGUUGUGUGGAAAAUUCCAGUAGAUCACCAGUUCUUAAAUAUUCAGACUAUAUACACUACCGGCCAAAAGUUUUAGAACACCCCAAUUUUUCAAGUUCUUUAUUGCAAUUAAAUUUGUUCAAGUCCAAUAUAUAGCUUGAAAUGGUACAAAGGCAAGUAAUGAACUCCCAGAGGUUAGAAAACAAGGUAAGGUUAACCAAAACUGAAAAAUAAUAAACAUUUCAGAAUUAUACAAAAAGGCUUUUUUCAACAAAGACAAAAUGAGUCAACAAUGCUGCAGAACAGCAGACAAAGCUGUUCUGCAGCAAUGGAGGUUGACCCAGCCUUGAAAGCUGGUGCUACUAAUUCCUACAGGUGUUCCAACUUUUCUGCAUUACUUACAACCCUUUCUGUCUCAGUGUUGCAAUACACUGUGGUACCUACCAACUGAGCAUCAGUUGAACAGUAUUGUACUGCAGAAAGUAGUGUGUUGCUAAAAGUGGCAAGAAAAAGGCAAUUAACAAUGGAAGAGAGACAGACCAUCAUAACACAUAAAAAUGUAAAUUUUCCUACAGAAAAAUUGCAAAAAAAAGUCAAAGUGUCAGUGAGUAGAGUUUCCUUCACCAUCAAAAGGCACUCAGGAACUGGGGCAAACUCUGACAGGAAGAGGUCUGGCAGACCCAAAGCCACAACUGAAUCAGAGGACAAGCUUCUGAGAGUUAACAGCUCGCGUGAUAGGUGGCUCACAGGACAACAACUUCAAGCACAGCUUAAUAGUGGUCGUAGUAAGCAAGUCUCAGUUUCAACUGUGAAGAGCUGCAGGUCUGACAGAAUGAGUUGCAGCAAGAAAGCCAUUGCUAAGACGUUGGAAGCCAGCUAGGAGCUGAUUUGGUUAGUAAUUAAUAUAUAUUCAAACUCACCAAUUUAUUUUUCCCCAUAAUGGAAGUUUUUGAGACGCUUGCCAUUAAGAUCCCAAAUGCGGUUUUAAUUGACGGAGUAACUGAGCAUUCGGUUGAUGAAGUUAUGCAUUUCCUUGAACAGUAUGGUGACAUAGGCCGCAAGGUUACUAUAGAUUCACCAGAAUCUGAAUUUAAUAACAUGCUUGUCGCUGAGUACGCUUCAGGGUUAUCUUUAACGCGUUUGUCUCAGUUGUUACCGCACACAUCUAUUUCAGAUUCAGGUGACAAACUCCACAUUGAAAGUCUAUCCGAGAUUUAUGCAUCAAAAGUUAGUGGUUCCAAGACAAAUACUUUCUUGGCUUGGCAGACUUAAAAAGAAUAGCCAAAUUAUCUGGGAGGGAUUAUGCAGAAGUCCUCAGUGAGGGGAUGACGCAGAUACGCCGGUCCCUUGCAGAGCUCAACCCAGAGACUCCAGUGGUUGCAAAACCAGAAUCAGAAGAUUCUAGGUUCGACUCCUGGCUGGCUCGCCAAGAAAUGUAACACUGAUGAAGCGCUAAUGAAUUAAUACAGACUAGGUAUUAAGUGAAAUGUUAUGGUUAUUAUUAAUCAGAAGAUUUAGGAAUGCUACUGGAGCUGAUGGGCAGUAAUUAAUAAAUACACACAACGCAAAAUGCUUUUGCAGGUACCAUGUAUUUAACCGAAAAUAACAAGAAAAGAUAAGGAAAACUUAAAUAAUCAUUCCUGCUGCAGCUAUUCAAUAAAUCAAAAACCCAGUGGGGAUGCAAAGACAACUAAGCAAAUUCUUCAGGCUUAUGGCUUAUACCAAGCAAUAUAGAUUCUCAAAAACAAAAAACAGUUCCCCAUAAGUAACACAUGUUAACAUCCAAACCACUGAUCCACACUGAAGUCCAUGAGUUUUAUCUGAAUGUCCAUGAGAGAUGUCCAAGCGCUAUUGUCCAUAAACGGGGGGAAUGGUGUGUAUGAUUGUGGAAAUCAGUGUGUUUGGGAAAUGGGGACAGAGCGUCGUCUUUGAUAGCUUCCUACCAGUCCAGUGGAAGCUAAAAUGCAGAAUGAGUCCUGCUCCUAGCCGUUCAUUGGUUCGCCAUCCUUUUUCAUACCCAAAAAGGGUCACCUGGCCAAUUCCGUUCUGGUCAGUGCACAACAACACUAUGGCUCUGGCUCACAGUAAUCAGCAUCUGCAACAGCUCUGUCACCUGGCUUGCCUCCACGCAUCUGACGGGAGGAAGCCGGGACAGGCUUACUAUGACCUACAUGCCAUCCGAUUGGCUGAGCAAAGUCAUGUGGUUGAAGCCAUGUAUUUGUGAUGCGUUCAAUGGCAGGAAAUAAGUGCAGGAAAUUACUAAAUGCUAGUAAAACAGAUUUUACUCUGGGUUACAUCAGAAUAUGACAAAGAGUCUUUCCUGGGCCACGAAACACCUUUGUGUUUCUGGGUCUAGCUGGAAACUGAGUUAAUGGCUUAUUCCAAGAGUAACUCAGAUCCAUUAACGACUUGCUUAUUUAAUUAAAGUUGAUGAUAAAAAAUUUAGUCAUUUAAUUUGGACUUUAAAUUUUCAAACUUUUAAACACUUUAAAGUUUGAGUUACAUUUAUACUCUGUCAACUAUGUCAACAAAAAGCAAAAGACCAAAAAAGUGCCAGCCAUGUGCUUCUCAUGCCUAGGACAAGACAGUAAGAUCUCAAAAGCUGCAUUUAUUGACUGCAUGGAGGCAUCACUACAUGCUAAUUUAUUGCAAUAUUUACUAAUUACUAUUAUCUAGCAAACAAAUAUAAAAGAUUUACUUACCCUAACUGGAGCACAGAAAUCUUGGAUGUGCUGUUUGUACAAUUAAACAAACUUUUUUGAUAAGUGCAUUAAAAAUUCUCCAAAACACCAAAAACAAUUAAGUGAUUUGAAUUACCCUGUUCAACAGGUAGUGGCUAUCCAUCCAACCAUUCGCACUUGCUUAUCCAGUUUAGGGUUGGGGGUGGUCUAGAGGCAAGGUACAACCUGGGCAGAUUAACAGUCUGUCCCACAGUAGUGGCUAUAGCUAUCAAAAAUGGUAUUGAGCAUUUUUCUGAGUUUCUGCAUCAACUUGGAAAUUCUAACAUUGUAACAUUUGGGAUUUUGUAUGUUUUUGUAGCUUUGUUGUUUGCUGUGGACUUGCUCAACCUGCUGAAUUAAAGUUUUGUUCUGUUUAACCUG